AGAAGGUCCAACGUGGCUUAACGCAAUAUUGUGUGUUUUAAUCACUUUCUUCACUAAAAUGUGACAAAGUUACGAACUUAAAAGACGAGAAUUUUGCUAAAAUACAUCUCCAAUAUGGAUGAAUCAGAAUCAGCAGCAUCUAAGCCAAAUGUGGUAUCACAGUUCUUUAAAAGACUUGGAGAUUUUUUCUUUCAGAUAUAUCAAAAAUGUUUGGAUAAUUUAACCCCCCACACAGCAGUUAGAUGGGCUGCGACGUCUUUAAUAGCUGUACUGUAUGGCUUAAGGGUAUUUCUUUUAAAGGGUUGGUACAUAGUUACAUAUGCACUGGGCAUUUAUUUGCUGAAUUUAUUCAUAGCAUUCCUCACACCCAAGAUGGACCCUGUGAUGCAAGAAGACAUAGAUGCAGAGGAUGGACCAUCGUUACCCACCAGAGCAAGUGAGGAGUUUAGACCAUUUAUACGAAGACUGCCAGAAUUUAAAUUUUGGCAUUCUGCAACAAAAGCUUUUUUGAUAGCCAUGUUUUGUACGUUCUUCGAUGCACUGAAUAUCCCUGUAUUCUGGCCUAUACUUGUCAUGUAUUUCAUCAUCCUCUUCACAAUUACCAUGAAAAGACAAAUAAAGCACAUGAUCAAGUAUAGAUACCUGCCGUUCACCCACGGAAAGACAGUCUACAAAGGCAAAGAUGACAGCGGAAAAGUGAUAACAGCCAUGCCACAAGAAAUGUAGCUAGGGCAACAUUUAGCAUUACGUACAUCGCCAUCUGGUGACUGGGACUGCAAUUAAUGAACACACACUGGCUGCAUUUGCCAAUUAAAAAAGAAAACCAAAAAAAAAAAAA